AUGAACGAGAGAGAAGACAUGGGGAGAAGGCUCUAUGAAGCUUGUUUGAGUGGGAGUGUCCCAGCAUUAGACGCAUUGAUUGAGAAAGAUCAACUCAUUCUCGACCGAGUUAGCUCACUAACAUGCUUCUCCGAUGACACCCCCUUGCACGUAGCAGCGUUGCGCGGUCAUUUGGACUUCACGAAAGCCCUUGUAGCUCGGAAACCAAAACUUGCCACUGAGUUAGACUCGCUACGGUGUUCGCCCCUCCACUUAGCUUCCGCUGAGGGCCACGUUGAGAUUGUACAAGAGUUGUUACGGGUGAACACUGACGUUUGCAUUGCUCGUGAUCAGGAUGGUAGAAUCCCUCUCCACUUGGCAGUCAUGAAAGGGCGAGUUGAGGUCAUAUUAGAACUACUUCGAACUAAAUCGGAGUCGAUUCAUGAGAAACUAGGCAGAGGGGAGACUGUUCUGCACUUAUGUGUCAAAUAUAACAGGCUAGAGGCCUUCAAGACACUGGUGCAAUAUUUGCACAGCAACAACAUGGAGUUUCUCCUAAACGCUGGAGACGAUGAUGGCAACACCAUCUUGCAUCUUGCUGCAGCCCUCAAACCAAAGGAUACCAUAGAAUACUUGUUGGGAAAAAAGAGUGUCAAAGACCACGCCAACGUCAAGAACAAGAAUGGUUCUACAGCUUUGGAUGUUGUGCAGCACUGUCCUAACAGAGACCUAAAAACCAUGGAAAUUCGAGAGUUUCUUUCACAAGUUGAUGUUCGUAGAUCCAUUUGCAGUGAGCCGGAUCCCAACCCUGAAUCACCUCCCAAUAAUCCUCCUCCUCAACGUUGUUGUAAAGCUGGAGUUCUAUUAAUUGGAUGCAUUUCUAGGUUUUGGACCAAGUAUAUCAAGGUCGACCCUGCCUGGCUCCAAGAGGUACGCGGUCAUUUAAUAACGGCAGCCACCCUAACUGCAACCAUGGCUUAUCAAUCCAUUUUAAGUCCGCCUGGGGGUUUUUGGCAAGACACAAAGAGAAGGCAAUAUGCUGCUUCGCCUGCCCCUUCUCCUUCCUCAGGCAAUUCAAAUCUUAUUUCGGAUGAGCACAUUGCGGGACAUGCCAUUCUGGACAAUAAUGACGGCGACACUUUUGCUAAAUACUUGGUUCUUAACACCAUAGUGUAAAUAGCAUCAUUGAGCACUCUUGUGCUAGCCAUGAGUGGAUUCCCGAGGCACAACAAGCUUUUAACAUGGCUGUUGCUAUUCACUGUGUACAUCACAAUUAUAUGUUUG